AGUCAGAUGAAAGUCAGUGUCAUUAGCUUAGACACAUAUAUUUUUUUAUUUCUAGUUCUAGAAUUAUUAUAGCAAUAAAUAUGGAAGAUACAAAGUCUUUGGUGACGAUAUUUCUACAGAAAAUAUUUCACGAUCGUCAGUAUAUCAUCGAUAACACUUACAAGAUUAUUUACGACUACAACAAUGGCGAUAGGAAAAAGAUUGAUUACGAAAAAACUCUGAAGAGCAUUUGCAGCCAGUUAGGCAAAGAAAUCCCCAACCAAGUGCUGGUGUAUUUACUCACCUUAGUUGAUAUGCCCUUGGACCUUGCUGAAUCGGACGAUGGCCAGUUGAAACCUGUCAUCGAAAAGAUAAAAACCUUAGAACAAAUUCAAAAGACUCAGAGUUGUCUAACUGAUACCAUUAGACCACACCUUGGAGAAUGUGUGACUAAUAAAACUAGCGAAACACUUCAAGAUGACAACAGUCAUCAGUCAGACGAAGAGAGUUCAAGCAGACAUGAAGAAGAUGAAGAACAGAUACCUAGAUCUAUAAAAACUAAAAGAAAAUUAACUAAUGAUGGAUCUAAAGAAGAAACAUUAGAUAUCGAUCUUCCGAGUUUACUUGACCUCACUGCCGACGCCGUGAUAAAGAACCACAAAAAAUUGAAAACGUGUUACCAAAGAAAGUUUGACAAGGCCUGGAAAUAUAUAAAAUCGAAUCUUUUCACUGGAGAUUCCUUAGAAAAGUGUUACGAGACAUUGAGAGACCUGAAUAAGAAAAGGAAAUUGCUGAGGGAUAUUGAAAACGAUAACAUAACCGAUGCGGUUGUGGCUGAACUCUAUGGAGACACUGACAUUUUUUUGAAAGAAAAACAUGUUUAUGACAUAGUAAAUAUGGAUAUAGAUGAGUUGGUUGCAAAGAGAAAAUUAAUUAAUGAUGGAUCUAAAGAAGAAACCUUAGAUAACGAUCUUCCAAGCUUACUUGACCUCACUACCGACGCCGUGAUAAAGAACCACAAAAAACUGAAAACGUGUUACCAAAGAAAGUUUGACAAGGCCUGGAAAUAUAUAAAAUUGAAUCUUUUCACUGGAGAUUCCUUAGAAAAGUGUUACGAGACAUUGAGAGACCUGAAUAAGAAAAGGAAAUUGCUGAGGGAUAUUGAAAACGAUAACAUAACCGAUGCGGUUGUGGCUGAACUCUAUGGAGACACUGACAUUUUUUUGAAAGAAAAACAUGUUUAUGACAUAGUAAAUAUGGAUAUAGAUGAGUUGGUUGCAAGAGAGUUUAAUUUGCCCUAA